CCUCGGAGACAAAUACCACCAAACCAGCACAAGUCUUGCUGCUGUUCUCAGUUUGGCGACCAACAGACUUGAACCCUUGAUUUGAAGCUGUUUCAUGUGUUAGCACAAACGAACAAGCUAUAUAUUGCUGAGUCCAGCUGAAUGAAGACGAGAAAAAGAGAGAGAUAGGUAGAAGAUGCUGGAGGCAUUGUUACCAAAUGAAAAGGGAAUUCCGUGGUUUAAAACUUAGCAACUGGCUAGCAGCUUAUGCGAUCUAUCAACUUGAGUAUUUCUACAGAUGAAACUGCAUGAUUUGAGUGUAUCUACCACGUCAGAACUGGGAUGACAAGGUGCAAGAAAGAGACUACCAGUUGCAGCUGUACAGGUACUGUCAUAUGAUUGACAUGGGCAAAAUAAAUAGCCCAACCAUGCCUCAGGAGGGGGGGGGGGAGGAAGGAGAAAGAAGAAGAGCCCAUCCAAGGCCCAAUAUGACAGCCCCAGCCCGACCUGAGAGGAAGAAGAGAAAAGGAAAGGAAAGGCCCAAUGGCCUAGACUUCGUCAAAGAUUUGAGAGAACGAAAACAAAACAUUUCAGCCUCGAACAAGCUGAUAUUUUUGGUGCUGUGCAGUCGAGGAAAGCAAACUGGCCUCCAAAGAAGAGAGUGCGAUAAGCUACCAGCCAAUUCAAUGGAAGCUCCAUCUGAACUUGUCGGAGGUCAAACUGUCCAACCAUCAGCUGCUGAAACUAAAAAAGCACAGAGACGGCAAAAGAUGAAGGACACUAAGAAACAGUUCAAAAAGCUGAAAGCAAAUUAUGCUAAGUUGGUGAAAAGCGAAUCCUCCUCCAGUGAAUUACUGGAUCGCUUGAAAAACGACUUGGAGAAAGCUAGAGAAGCUAAAAGGCUACAGGAGCAAACCGUUGAACAACAAAAACUUAUGAUCAACACGCUUCAGCAACUUUUGCAGCUCCCAUUUGAAAUUAAUGACUGAAGGAGAUACAGGGCUACCUGUUCAUCACCCACCAGUUUGUCAGCCUGGCACAUGGGAACAAUAGUGAGCAGCCCGCCUCAGCUAAUAAUGAUCACUUUCUUAGUGUUCACUCAUCAAACUAAUGAUAAAUAAACGGCAAUAACAUUGACAUUUAAGUUAUGAGUGCCGGAAUGUACUAAAAGUACUGUGUUUAUUUUUCAGAAUCAUCCAUGUGUGUUUUAUGAAGAUAUUGGUGGCAGGUGGCUGGGUAAUUGCUUUUUUUAUUAGAGCAUGAAUUGUCGA